UAGAUUUGUAGUUGGUCAGUUGAGUGCGGUAACUUGCGGCAAGCGGACGUGUCUUUCUUCGCAGACUGUGGAUCUAGACGGUUUGAGGCGAUCAAGCGUUGUGUGUGCGCUGCCGAGUGCGAACGUAGCGAUUGAUGUGUUUUGUUUUUGCUCUCAUGCGAAUAUAGAAAUGAGGAAAUAAAUACAUGCGUUUGACAAAAAGAGAAAACACAAUUAAAAGUGACAAGUCUGCGAUGUGUUUUGCAUAAAUUUGCUUAGAAUACAACAACAAAGCCGUACAAAAAUUAAAAGAAAAAUUGUGAUUUAAAUAAAAUAAACCAAGUAUAUAGUGAGAGAGAAGGGGUGCAGAAGAAACACGCGCAAAGAAUAUAGAAAGUGACCUUUGGCAAAGCAUAAAUUUCGACGCGGUAGCAAGUAUUCGAAAGCGAGUGACAAGCUGGAGCCGUCGAUAACGGUGGAUACUCCCGCAAAAUCAAAAUAAACGCUGCGCAAUCAAUGCAAGGUCGCGUGUAUGCAGCUGUAUAGCAUAACCACCUGAGCCGUCAAUCCCACAGAUAGGAACACGACAGCAGUUAGAAUAAAUUUACGUCUGUGACUGGAAGUAGUGCCCGCAGUUGGAGAAGUGCGCUCAUGAUGACAACCCGCCAACAUAGUUUCCGAUGGCGCCUGCUUAUAACGGCCAUAGUUUUGCUAAGCGGCAGUCUGUUGCCAGCAGCAUAUGGUUUCCCCUUUAUAUUCAACACCAACCGUAAAGUGAUCAACUGGACUGUGCCGGCGGAUGACUGGGAAAUCAAUGCCGCGCCGCGCAGCAUUACACCGCACGUGGAAUUGAAAAAAUUUCCGAACCGCACCAACACCGAACCCGCACUGAGCGAUGAAGACUUUCUGGCGCGUUUGCGCCAAAUCAAGCGAAAUGAGUCAACGGCGCGCAUGUUGUGGUAUGACACCACACCGGAUGGCCUCAGUUAUCCACCCUUUGUGGACAAGGCGCUGAAGCUGUUCAAUCUAAAGCAGGUGGCGUUCGAGAUCGAGAACAGCGUAAUGUCCAAGGUUUCAUGUACCGCCUGUAAAGCUGGCGCCGGCCUAUUGCAGCACUACAUACGCGCUGGUAAAACCGAGGCGCAGAUCAUUAAAUUGAUUUACGAAUUCUGCGUUAAUCUGAAUAUACAAAGUCCACGCGUGUGUGAGGGCGUGUCGACGCUCUUCGGCAGUGAAGUGAUUUAUGUGCUGCAACGCGUCAAUCUUGGACCAGAUGAGAUUUGCAGUUUUGUGAUCGGUGACGCUUGUGGCGAUGUGUACAAUCCCUAUCAUGAGUGGGAAGUUAUCUUUCCGCCAGUGCCAAAACCACCAGUUGCCGAGUUGGGUAUGCCAAAAGAGGCGGCGCCAUUCUUCAAAGUGCUUCACAUAUCAGAUACACACUACGACCCCCACUAUGUGGAGGGUUCCAAUGCUAACUGCAACGAACCGUUAUGUUGUCGUCUGAGUAGUGGACGUCCCUCGAACCCCAACGAUGCGGCUGGGAAAUGGGGUGACUACCGCAAGUGCGAUACACCCAAACGCACGGUGGACAAUAUGUUGGAGCAUAUCGCCGAUACGCACAAAGAUAUUGACUAUAUACUGUGGACGGGUGAUCUGCCGCCACACGAUGUUUGGAACCAAACCAAGGAGGAGAACUUGGAGAUUAUCAAGGAGACUGUGCGUCAGAUGACAGAAAAGUUUCCCGGCAUACCAAUUUUCCCAGCGUUGGGCAAUCACGAAAGUGCGCCGGUGAACAGUUUUCCGCCGCCGUAUGUGAACCAAGUGGACAUCUCCAUAUCAUGGCUGUACGAUGAGUUGGAUGUGCAAUGGCGUCGUUGGCUGCCACAAAGUGUUUCGCAUACAGUGCGUAGAGGCGCGUUCUAUUCGGUGCUCGUACGGCCAGGUUUCCGUAUUAUAUCGCUCAAUAUGAAUUAUUGUAAUAACAAAAAUUGGUGGCUACUGCUCAAUUCAACAGAUCCGGCGACAGAGCUGCAAUGGUUCAUAUAUGAGCUGCAGAGCGCCGAGUUUUCCAACGAGAAAGUACAUGUGAUCGGUCACAUACCGCCAGGCCAUCCAGAUUGUUUGAAGGUCUGGUCACGCAAUUUCUAUCGCAUUAUUUCGCGUUACGAAAGCACCAUAACCGCACAGUUCUAUGGACACACACACUUUGACGAGUUCGAAAUGUUCUACGAUCCACACGAUCUCAGUCAUCCCACAAGCAUAGCAUAUAUUGGCCCAUCCGUAUCACCUUACUAUGAUCUUAAUCCAGGCUAUCGUGUCUACUAUGUUGAUGGUGAUCAUGACACUACCACACGUUUGGUCGUGGAUCACGAGUCUUGGAUCAUGAAUUUGAAAGAGGCAAAUCUUUACGACUAUCCCAUAUGGUAUAAGUUGUAUACCACACGUGCUGCGUACAAUAUGAAGGCACUCAGACCGGCGGAUUGGAGCAACUUAAUCGAUGAGAUGGCGAAUAAUCAGGAGUUAUUCGAUUUGUAUUAUAAAAACUAUUGGAAGAACUCGCCCAUACGUCCUGUUUGCGACGCCGAAUGCCGGAAACGUAUGUUGUGCGAUUGCAAGAGCGGUCGCUCGCACGACAGACGGCACUUCUGCGAGGACGUUGAGGCGAAAGUGGACGAUGGAACGCCGAAAUCAUGGAAGUCAUGGCUGUACCGUGGCCUAACGAAUUCUUAUAGUCUGAUCUCGUCCAUUACGUACCUGCCCAAAUACCUGAUGGGCUUCGGCUGAGCUGCAGCUGACGCCGGUGAGAUACGACGUAAGCAUCGGGAACACCUGCUGAAUCCUCAAAUAAAGGCCAAAAUGGACGUUCAACACGAAUCGAAUGGAGGGAGACCACAGAGAUGUGUGUACAUAUAGCAAAUUGAGAAAUUCUCCUGUAAAAGUGCAAACAAACCAACUCAUUCGCAAAUUACAUGUAUUUUAUUUUUUAAUUACAUAUAUAAGUAGCGCAAGUUUAAGUGUAUGUGUGUAUAUUAGUUAUGUGAUUAUUAGCAUUAAGUAUAAAAUACUUUUAGUUAGUGCAUUAAAUCUCCAAUUUAAUCAAAGCAAAAAAAUUAACUAAAAUUUAAACUAAUACUUAUCACACGUUUAGUUGUCUCUAAUACUCGAAAUUUCUUAUUUCCAAAAACGAUUUUGGCCCGUUCGCCCAUUUUGUUAAUUGUAAAUUUUAAGUUAUUCAUAAUUUUUAGCCACACAGUCAUAGCUAACAGUAAACGCACACACACGCACACACACAGUCAUAAAGUAAGCAUUGCGAACCAUGUCGUACACACAUGCCCGCACACCUGCAAAUACACUCAUACCGUUAGUUACAAUGUGAAUGGAAUAACAAUGUGCAUAUACUCGUAUAUAAGUUAUAGCUAAAUUAGGCUUAAUGUCGAAGUAAAUAAAAAAAAAUAGUUUAAAUUGAA